GGCCCUAAAAGACCUACUAGGCCCAGGAUUCAACAAAAACGCCCUACAAAUACUUCGACCCUAGAAGAGGCAAGAAAAAAAACUUGAAAUACCUCCAACUCCAAGAACACAACCACUCAAAAGGGUUGAAAGAGAGAAAAGGGUUUAAAAAGUAGUGAAGUGAUCAAUGUCUACAGAGGAAGAGAGUGCGGUGAAGGAGCCUUUGGAUCUCAUUAGGCUCAGCCUCGACGAGCGUAUCUAUGUCAAACUCCGUUCCGACAGAGAGCUUCGUGGCAAACUUCACGCUUAUGAUCAGCAUCUUAAUAUGAUUCUUGGCGAUGUUGAAGAAAUCAUUACUACAGUGGAAAUCGAUGAUGAGACAUACGAAGAAAUUGUGAGGACUACAAAGCGGACAGUUCCUUUCCUGUUUGUCAGGGGAGAUGGGGUGAUAUUGGUUUCCCCGCCAUUGAGGACCGCAUGACUGGACUGAUGAACUAUGUGAUCAUUUCAAUAACAAGUGUCACUGUUUAUGAAAUUGUAUAACUUUAAGUAGUGAUCUCAUUUCAUAUGAUUAGGUUAGUUACUCAAUUGGCCUCGUGUGCUAGAGAUUUCUGUUAGACAGUCAAUUUUCAAUUAUCUUUGUAACAUGAGAGAAUCAUGGCAUGCACAUAAACAAGGAUUUUUGCUGCAAUGUGGAGCUGACAUUAUAUAUUAGUGGCUCCAUAAAAAGUGUUGGUCAUGAUUCCUGAUUUGAUGCCUUCAUGUGUUUUACUAUUAGUUCCCAUUGAAGAUAUGCGAACUGGGCACGUUUGAAUACAAUUUAAUGCUAUUAUCUUUAAAAUA